UGGAGGAGCGUAGGUGGGCGGCUUGCCGGGAGUGCUGAAUGGCUGCAACUGUAACUUGGCUACGCAGUCGUCACGGUUUCAUCAGCUGCGCAAAGUCACAAGUCGCGCGGUUUCAAAUAGAGAAAUCUUAGUAGUGUUCCUUGAGCGUUUGUGGUUGUCACAACAGCCGGUCGCAGCUGCCGGCUAGUAAAAAAAAUAACAACAAUAAAAAAAUUUGCUCUGAUAACAAUGCUUUAAAUUCACUUUUUGAUUUGUUUAUUGGGACGCGUUUGUUGGUUACAAUAGAAGCAGAGCAAUGCCGGCGGCGGCACUAGCGCAAAUGUUUGCAGUGACGUUACGUUUUUCGCUUUAGCAUUUCAAGUUCGAUAUUGUGUAAAAACAUCCGGAAAUCUGCUUAUGGUGGAAAAACAAAAAAAAAAAUUUAUGACUUAUAUCAAAAUUACUGAUUGAAGUAUAUAUUUAAACAAUAAAGCAUUAUUAACACAAGUGCACUCUCACAGAGAGCAAAACCGAUUUAUUUACUAUCGCUGUGUUAAUUCUAAUGAAUGAUCGAGCAUAAUGAUUGGAAGAUUUUAAAAUAAUAUGUAUGCAUGUAGGUACAUAUUUAAAUUUUUAAUAGCCGCAAAUUGUUUGGAAACCUCAACGAAUUACACUUGGUAACUCAAGUGGCCUCAGCUGAAUGCUAACAAGCAAGUAUUCUUUACUCAUUUGGUAAUCAACAGCGCAUUGCUUUAGUAAAAGCCUAAAAAAUGCCAACUGUGGUAUCGGACCUAACACUGCCCAUAGCAAGUUCAGCAGUUAUAACAACAAAAGUAACAAUGCCUUCAAUAACAACAACAAAUCCCCUGGUUACAAAUGGCAACGUCAUGCAACUACCACAUAAAGACCAACAAAGUAAAGAAAAAGAAAUUGUCAAAAUUAAUAGAGAUGUUUUAAUAAAGGAAAGCACGGACGAACCUUAUAUAAUUAAAUAUCGACAAAAAUAUUAUGAUAUAAAACGAUUUUUAAAAAACCACCCAGGGGGUAUAAAUACUUUACGUGGUCUCAAUAAUGCCGAUAUGACAACACGUUUCCUGCAUGCGCCACCGCACUCCGACGCUGCUAUGUACCUGCUGAAGGAAUAUGAAAUAAAACCAACAUCAACACAAUUAUUAAACAACACCAAACGAAGGCAUCGUCUGCAGCAAACUGUCGAUGGUAAUGAGCAAGAGCAACAAGUGUUUGCAGAUUUCUCUGAAAACGGUAUUGAAUUGUUAAGCGACCCAAUGCAGGAAGAUAAAAAUAAUAAUCAACUUGAUGAGAGUUUGGAGCACCUGGUGGACUGGUCGAAGGCCAUGUGCCCACAAAUAGCGCAUAUAACCCGCCACUAUGACGAAUGGGUGCAUAAGCCGGUAGAUAGACCAUUACGUCUCUUUGGUCCGACUUAUUUGGAGAUAUUUACGAAAACGCCUUGGUGGGUUACACCACUAUUUUGGAUACCAGUCAUUAGUAAAUGCCUUUGGGAUGAAUUUUCACCACUAUGGCAUACAUCUAGUUUAAGCAUGCUAACGCUUUUAUUCGCCUACUUUGCUGUCGGCAUUGUUUUCUGGUCACUACUUGAAUAUGUACUGCACCGAUUUGUGUUCCACAUGAAGAUCAAUGCCAAUACAAAUCCAUGGUUAUGCACAUUUCAUUUUAUGAUACAUGGCCUACAUCACAAAGUGCCUUUCGAUUCGAUGCGUCUUGUUUUUCCACCUCUGCCGGGUGUUAUAAUUGCCAGUAUUAUUUAUGCGCCACUCAGUUUUCUAUUACCACAUCCACGUAUCGUUUUAGCCGGUGCACUAUUCGGCUAUCUUUGCUACGAUUUAAUGCACUACUAUCUCCAUUAUGGCAAUCCAUCUAUAGAGCAUACAAACUUUAUGUACAAUAUGAAACGGUAUCACUAUCAACACCACUUCGCGCAUCAGGAUAUGGGCUAUGGUAUAAGUAGUCCAUUUUGGGAUAUUGUAUUCAAAACACGUAUACAUUUACGGAAAUUGCGUUAUACGUUACGUUGGCGGUAAUUAAUGGGAAAUAUUUUUAUAUAUAAGUAUAAAAAUGGAAAUAUAGAAUUCAUAAAUUUAAAAAAAUAUCAAUAUGUACAUACAAAUGUAUAUGUAUAUUGAAAUGUAGUUUUUAGAAUGCCGCCUUACCUUGGCUUAUGAACAAUAUGUAUUUUGUACAUUUAGUAUUUUUUAUAUGUAAAACAUUACCAAAGAAGAAAAUAUAUUAAUUUAAAUCGUUCUAUGUGUAUUUAGGUAAAUACAUAUAUUAAUGUAUUCGCUUUAACAUACAUACACUUAUAUACAGUCUAUAUUCAUAGGUAUUUAAACCAAUCGAUUAUGAUUUUAAUUGCCCCUUUUCUACUCAAAACAUUCAAACGACUUAGAUACGUACAUAUUUUCUUUAUUUCUUGUUCUACUAAUAUUUCAUCAAUAACUAGUAUGUAUUAAGAGCAGGAAUGUACAUAUCUCAUGCAAGUUUCGUACAAAUAAAAUUGCUAUAAAACUAC